GUGCGUUCGGUUAAUUGUUGCCAAUCUCGCAGUGGUGUUUGUCUCAAGAAGCGUUAGUUACGUAAAUCGUAGUGUUUGACAUACAUAAAAAGUCAUAAAAUGACAGUUACGCCAUUGCCAGAAAUUUGAAUAAAUAAAAACAUUGGUAAAUGUGAUGGUUUGCGUGGAGAGAUUCGUGUUUUUCCUUAGUUGAAAACGUUUUAUUGAUGACUGAAAACAACAUGCCCGCCUCGAUCGGUGUGAACCUGCGUGUUACAGGACAUUGUCGCCAAGGUGGUAGAAAAUAUAUGGAGGAUUUCUUUUCGGUUGCAUAUCAACAAACGGAGGACGAAAAGGAUUUAGAAUACGCGUUUUUCGGUAUUUACGAUGGACACGGAGGAGCAGAAGCAGCGGCAUUCGCUAAGGAACAUCUCAUGGAGACUAUUAUUAAGCACAAAAGUUUUUGGUCUGACGACGAUAAAGACGUGUUGAGGGCUAUUAAAGAUGGUUAUAUUGCCACUCAUUAUGCUAUGUGGAGAGUACAAGAGAAAUGGCCUCGAACUGCAUCAGGUCUACCUAGUACUGCAGGCACGACAGCUAGUGUAGCUUUUAUAAGACGCGGAAAGAUUUAUAUUGGACAUGUCGGUGAUUCCGGAAUAAUAUUAGGCCUACAAGAACCUGGUUGUUCCGAGUGGAAAGCUGUACCGUUAACAAAGGAUCACAAACCGGAGAAUUUCGAUGAAAUGGUUCGGAUUAAAAAUUGUGGGGGAAAAGUAGUUUCGAAAUCAGGUGUACCUCGAGUGGUGUGGAACAGGCCGAAAAUAGGCCACCAAGGCCCCGUACGUCGUUCGACGCCCAUCGACGAAAUCCCAUUUCUAGCGGUUGCCCGAAGCCUCGGAGACCUUUGGUCAUACAAUUAUCAAAGCGACAGUUUCAUAGUUUCCCCUGACCCCGAUUGUUCUGUUAUCAAGAUCAAUACCAACACGCAUCGUUGCCUCAUAUUCGGAACAGACGGUUUGUACAACAUGCUCAGCCCCUCGAUGGCGGUUCACAUAGUGCAGCAGGUGGAAAGGCACAACGAAAACGCCGCUUUAAGCGAUUCCACGUACAAAACGUGGCUUAAUCCCAGCAAGCUGUUGGUUGAGAAAGCUUUAGAGCGGUGGCAUUCCACGAAAAUGAGGGCCGAUAAUACUUCUGUUGUUACGUUGAUGCUGGAUCCUCCGGGGCCACCCAGGGCGCAAGUUUUGAAGGAUAGAAAAAAGAAUUUGCCUGAAAGAGGUUUGAAGAUAAUGACUAGAUUCGAUAACGAACCGUCUCAGGAUACCGAUUCGAGUAAUUGUGAUACAAGUCCUCGGGAAAACCCCGACGAAACCCUGUCUCAAACUAUGUUAGAGCCCGCGCCUGAACCGAGUCCUGUGCUUAAACCAACUGCCAUUGUUGAUUAUUCUAAUAAAGAUGAAAAUAAAACCGAUUGUAUAUCUAAUCCACCAGGUAAAAGUACAUCUGUUUCUUCAAGUGACCUUAUGACCAACAAUUUUCCCCUAAAAGAACGGAAUUUCCUCCAGAAACCCCGAGAGAACACUGGCCCUUUGAACAGCGGAAAGGAAAAUUUCAAAUCGCAAAAUACCGAAGAUAACAUACAGUGCAACGAGGUAUCAUCUAGCAACAUUGAAGUAGAUAGUUUAUGUAUAGAAGAAGAAGAAAACGAUGUACAAGGAAGAAACAAGCACAAUUUGCGGAGUUGCCGGAAGGACAAAAGUGAUAUCAAAGUUGCUAUGAAUAAAAACGAAUCCGACAAUAAAAACAAGGGUACAAAAACGAAACUGGACCAAACCACCGGCGCCCUGGAGGCGCCGCGGCCGCGGAAGAGCAUGAGAAUCGAUAAUAACCUGAAGAAAGCGGAAGAAACCGUGGAGAAGGAGCGUCGCGCCUUCGAAGCCGAGGAGAAACUCAAGAAGCUCGCGGAAAAGGCGGAUCUAGCCAAACGGAAGAAAAGCACCGGCUCGCCUUCAUCCAGUCUCUCGCAGAAGCUCCAGAACCACUAUUCGAAAACCAAACAGAAAGAGGCCGUUUUAAACAAACCAAUUGCUAAAAAUAAAAUUAAAUACAUGAUGAACAAAGUCAAACGAGUACAAAGUAAAGUGAUAUUUAGAACACAGAGUGUGAAGCCAGCAAAAAAUCAGAAACUUAUGAAGAACUUGAAGAUGAUAGCGGAGAAAGCCAUGUUACAGAAGCACAACAAAAGGAACCCUUCGCAACGCCAAAGAAAAGUAACAGUAACGGAGACUCCGAAGAAAACUGGUCCAAAAUUGAAACCAAAGUUCAAUUCGAAAAGUGCUGAGAACGUUACGAAAUUAAAUACGCCUAAUUUGAGGCAGAGCUCCAGGCAUAGCAGUCCAACUAAAUCAGGUCCAUCAGGUAUGGUACAAAAUGAUUUGGAAAUAAGUCAGAGUGAAAAUAAGUCCCAAACGAGGUCUUUGAAGAAGAGGCUUCAACAGAAAACGGAGAGUCUAAAGCAGAACGUGAUGAAAAGAAAGUAAAUUAAAUCUUGUUAAUUGUAAUAAGAAUCAACAUAUUAUUUUUAAUCUAGUUUUUUAAGAUAGAACACAAUUUAUAUUAUACAAAAAAACAGAGUUAUGCAUGUUUAUUUUCCUAUAAAUUAUUUUAGUUCUGUUUUAGAAUAUUAGUUUUUAUUUUUACUACCGUGUAAAGAAGUUGUGUAUCAUAGAAAAAAAUCAUGUUUUUACUAUUUUACUACAAUUUUAUUAUUUCUCUGUAUACAUUUUUUACGCGGAUAUUAUUUUUCUGUCCGACUAUUUUUAUUUUUUUUGGGAACUAUUAUUAACUAUUAUUUGCAACUUAUCCGUUUUUAUGACAAAUUCGUGCCUUUGUUACCAAAAUAAAUCUAUUGAAAAGUGAAAAUGUUACUUAUGUACACAUAGGCAAAUGAAAUAUAUUUAUAAAAAUUUAUUAUUUUCUCAAAAUAAAGUUUAUAGUUAAUAA